AUGACUGUCUUCAUCGCGUCUCUGUUUCUUCCCCACACGGUCAACUUCCAAGUUGAAAAGGCACGCGCUCGCGGUACCCAGGAAGCUCCUCAGAAAGUUGCCGUGGUGCCCGAGGCUUCCCCUCCAGCACCUUCCAAUGCUGCCGCCGCGGCCAGUUUAUUCGAGAAGACCAACCCCCAACUCAAACCAGGUCUCACACCCGGCGCAACUACAGACCAUGAGCGUAUCUUCACCGAAAGGGUAAAUCAACCCGGCCAGGAAACAGCGGAAUAUCCAUUUCCACCUACCAUCAAUGACGCUAUCCAGCUUCUCACAGAGAGCGAAGGCCACUCUCCAGCAUGGGGUGCAACCACCUCCCUCAACCAGCCCAAACCACAAACAACCGUGUCGAUGUCGCCUUCCAUUCUCAAGCACCAAGACCCUGUAGUCCCAUCCCCGACUAUUACUCCAGCAAAAACACCUGAGAAAGAAACAACUGCGCCGUACGUUGGCAUCAAAAACAUCGAUGCUCUUCAUCGCAAAGUGUCGUUUUCCCGAGCGGAGUGGACAAUCGAGACUGCAGAGCAAGGUAAUGGCGGCUUGCGAAAUGCUGUCCGCUCGGCCAAGGACGCUGGAUACCUAGAUGAUAUGAUGUGGGUGGGCACAAUGGGUAUGCCUACUGAUGCAUUGGCCCAGCACACGCGCUUGGAGAUUGCCGAGCGAUUGGAAGACGAGUAUGACUCGCUGACGGUGUUUGUUAAUGAUGGCGACUUCGAUGGUCACUAUACCCACUUCUGCAAAACCAUUCUCUGGCCCGUCUUCCACUACCAGAUCCCUGACAACCCCAAGAGCAAGGCUUACGAAGACCACUCAUGGAUCUACUAUGUGAAGCUCAACCAAGCCUUUGCAGACCGCAUCGCUAAGCACUGGAAGCGAGGCGAUGCGAUUUGGGUUCAGGAUUAUCAUUUGCUCCUGGUCCCGGCUAUGCUCCGCAAGAUGCUGCCUGAUGCACAGAUUGGCUUUUUCUUGCACAUUGCGUUCCCAUCUUCCGAGGUGUUUAAGUGCCUAGCUCCGCGCAAGGAGCUUCUGGAAGGCAUCCUUGGAGCCAAUCUUAUUGGUUUCCAGACCACCGAGUACUGCCGACACUUCCUGCAAACCUGCAGUCGUAUCCUUUGUGUGGAGGCUACUCCCGAAGGAAUCCAGAUGGAGGAUCGCUUCAUCAACGUGGGAACAUUCCCAAUUGGCAUUGAUCCGACCUCCUGGGAUAAGCGGCGGAAGGCUGCAGAUGUGGAACAAUGGAUUGAUACUAUCUCUGAACGCUAUCAGGGCAAGCGUCUGAUUGUCUCGCGCGACAAGAUCGACUCUGUGCGGGGUAUUCGCCAGAAGCUUUUGAGUUAUGAACUGUUCCUCAACACCUAUCCCGAUUGGGCAGACAAGGUGGUAUUGAUCCAAGUUGCGACUAGCACGACGGAACAGCCCGAGCUAGAAGCCACAAUCUCUGACAUUGCCAUGCGUAUCAACUCAACCCAUUCGACUCUUGCUCACCAGCCUCUGGUCUUUCUGAAGCAGGAUUUGGCAUUCCCGCAAUAUCUCGCCCUUAUCACGGUGGCCGAUGCUUUGAUGAUUACCAGUCUUCGUGAAGGAAUGAACCUGACCAGCCAUGAGUUUGUGUACUGCCAGGAUGGUAGCUACGGGGACAAGAUGUACGGAUCCCUCAUUCUGAGCGAGUUCACAGGUAGUGCGUCUGUCUUUGGAAACCACGCGCUCCUCGUGAAUCCCUGGGACUAUCGCCAAUGUGCCAAAGCGAUUCUCACGGCUCUGACGCGAGAUGAGAAGAAGCGAAAGGAGGUUUGGGAGGCGAUGCACAGCGCUGUUCUUCACAACUCCACUGGCAACUGGGUGAAGUCGUUCAAUGAGACCCUGAAACGAGUGUGGGAUGAGCAGUCGUCGCGAGAGAUCAUGGCCGUACCACGCCUCUCUGUGCCUCGACUUACCGAGCAAUACCAACAAUCGAAACGUCGACUCAUGAUAGUCGACUACGAGGGAACUCUUGCCUCAUGGGGAUCUCCGCGCAGCAUCAUCCUCACCACCCCGCAACGUGCAAUCACAACGCUGACCGAACUGACCGACGACCCUAACAAUAUUGUUUACGUAAUGAGUUCGCGCAUGCCAGAGGAGAUGGAACGACUAUUCCGCCAAGUCAACAACUUAGGCCUUAUUGCCGAAAAUGGUUGCUUUGUUCGCGAGUCUCAAUCAGACGAAUGGACUCACCUCGCAGACAAAGCACAUAUUGAAAACUGGAAGGUUUCCGUCUCUCACAUCCUAGCAUACUUCAAGGACCGUUGCGAUGGCAGUUGGAUCGAAGAGCGUCACUGCUCGCUUGUUUUCCACUACGGGUCAGCCGAAGACAAGUCUAGCGCUGGGCGCCUCGCAGCCGAAUGUGCAGACCACAUCAACGAUUCUUGUGCCAGCCAGGGCAUACACGCCCUCCCCGUUGAGGGUGCCCUAAUCGUUGAAACAGUUCACACCAACAAGGCAUCGGCCGCAGAGCUAGUCUGGCGAUGGUGCUUAGACAAGACAGACAAUGGAAAGCCAGCUCCCAGUCCGGACUUCUUGCUGGUCAUUGGCGACAACCGCGAAGACGAACCCGUGUUCCGAUGGGCGAACAAGCUGCAGAAAGCCAAGGGAGUUGAAUAUGCGUUGACUGUUACUCUGGGAUCGCGUAGCACGGAGGCCAAUGCUACCCUGACACAGGGAGUGACAGGUGUCUUGUCCUGCUUGCAGCAGCUAGUCAACCCGCCAGAGAAGGCUACUGUCUCAUUUCAGUAA